GAUUUUGAGUCCUGCUCCACCUACCAAGGUUUGAACAGCUAGGUAGGAUCAUUAACACACACAAUAGGUGUGGCUUACUGCCUACUGCACGAACGUACACACAGUCGAUGACUGCAAUUCAAAUUUUCAAUUCAAAUGCAUUCUUAGUACUUGUUUGUUGAGGCUUUUCUACCUGAUAAAAUAUCUCAGGUUAGUAUUUGUUUCAAUCUAAUUUCACUAUCUUUUAUUUUCUGUCAUAUUUCAGGGUCGACUAUUGCCUCCAACCCGAAAACCGAUUACAGUAAAAACAGCUCUCAAGGCAUUUGGGCUGUUUUCUACACUUACAGGUGGAGGACUUUUAGGUUACAAGCUAUUUGUUUCAAUACCUAAAUACAAUGGACCAACAAGAGAUAUGCAGAAUAAGACAGUGCUUAUUACUCAACCAAAUGCCAGGAUAUCUCGAGAACUGUUAUAUGAUUUAGCCAGACGUGGUGCGUACCUAAUUCUGGCAUAUGAUAAAUUAAAUCAAUGCGAAGAAAUUAAACAGCGAUUAGUCCGUAAAUACAGUGUCAAAUCGGAUAUGAUUGACUGUCGACGCUUGGAAAAUGAUAGUAUGACAUCUGUACGUAGACUGGCAGCUGGUGUUUUGGCUGAUUUUCAUCGAUUGGAUUGUGUAAUUUUACAGUCUCCCUCAUGUGUUAAAAGUAUUAUUGCUGGGGAACGUCGUCUAACGCAUGAUGGAUUUGAGCAUGAAUUGGGUGUAAAUUAUUUUAACACAUAUUUACUGAGUCGUCUAUUAAUCGAUAGGUUAAAUGAAAGCAAUGGUCGACUUAUUUUUGUGAAUGAUACACAAGCCAGUGAUAUUGCUGAAGAGUCAUCUGUGCGUAUACCAGACACACAAGAAGUAACUAUUCCUUUAGAAAAUUUAAACUGGGAAAAUACUGAAUCAUAUACACCAAAAAAGGGUUAUCAACGUUCACAGUGGUUUUUAUCAAUGUUUGCAGAUGAACUUGCACGUCGUAAUUCAAUGAAAGGCGAAGCUUCAAUUCUAGUCGUUAAUCCCCGCAUUUCUCGAAAUUCACCUUCAGAAGUCGAUAAAAAUGAUGUAGGAGGACUCUUGAAAUUAUUUUACAAGCUGAGUGAUAUAUGUGCUCGUUUAAUUAGUCGAAAAGCAGCGAGCACUAGUUUGUUUUGUGCAAUCGCCGACCCAGCUGUAAUUGAUCUUACAGGUGAUGGAGUAAAUCAUAAGGAAGGUCAAGUUGUUAUGCGUUCUCCAGUUUAUCAAGAUUUACGAUUAUUGGUCUCUUCAAAGCAAAAUGAUGAUACAGUCAAGCAUAGACGGUAUGCCUGUCAGUUAUUAUGGGAUGUAAGUGAGAAAUGGACUCGCUUAGAUACUCAUCCUACGGCGUUACCACUCCCUAAACAGUCUUCGGUUAAUAAGAAAGAAGUGUCCGGUGAUAAUGAGGUGCAAUCUAUUCCUGCAGUACAUAUAUAAACUCCAAAGAUAUAUAUAUAUAGUUCACUUUUUCCCCUUCAUCAUUAAAACAUUAUGAUAA